CGUUAGAUACAGCGGAUGUACCCAUUGAUAUUGAAAAUUCUUGCGGCACGUGUUGUAUUUUAUAAAGAUUUUACUACAUAUUUGCUGUAUUUGAUCCAUAAUGCCGAAAUCUAAGAGAAAUAAGAUUGUUUCUUUGACGAGGACAAAAAAGAAAGGCCUGGAGACCAAAUCAGGCUUGGUUAAAGAGGUCCAAGAUUGUAUAGAUGAAUACAAAGACAUUUAUGUGUUUUCUGUGGAGAAUAUGAGAAAUAGUAAGCUGAAGGAUGUAAGAGAAGAAUGGAAGCAUAGUAGGUUUUUCUUUGGUAAAAAUAAAGUUAUGAUCAUUGCUCUUGGUAAGACACCUGAAGAUGAAUACAGAGAAAAUCUACAUGAACUAAGCAAGAGGCUAAAGGGUCAGUGUGGUCUGUUAUUCACAAAUCAGUCCAAAGAAGAUGUCGUAAGCUGGUUCAAAGAUUACAGUAUUAUGGAUUUUGCACGUUCUGGAAAUAAAGCAGUCUAUGACUUUACCAUAAAUGCAGGGCCGUUAGAUCAGUUUCCCCAUUCUAUGGAGCCAAAUUUAAGACAGCUUGGUCUACCAACAUCUCUUCAAAAAGGUGUUGUAACUCUUUUGAAUGACUAUAAUGUGUGUAAGGAAGGUGAUGUGUUAACCCCAGAACAAGCAAGAAUAUUGAAAUUAUUUGGCAACCCAAUGGCAGAAUUCCACAUCAGUCUUACAUGUCGUUGGAGUAAUAAUGGAAAGUUUGAAGAGCUGACUUGAAUCCAUACUACUUAAAUAAGAUUGAAAGCUGUGGCAGAAAACCAAUGGACUCCAUUAGUAGACAGAUCAGCUUACACUAGUUUCACACAAAGACACAGGUACUCAUCAUAAAUGUAAUAAUAUGGAGCAAAGGCUUUUAUGUGUAAAUUGCAUGUAAAACCUUGUGUCAUUUUAUGUAAAUAAAUAUUUAAAAUUUAUUUCAACACUUUUUUUUCAAAUUCUCUGUUUUUCAGAGUUCAUCUCUCAUGCGAGUAGACGUGUUGUAUUUGACUAAAUUUGUUUGUUGGUUCUUUCCUGUGCUUUGAGGGUUGUUUGGCUUUCCUCCCUCUGCAAAAAUCAAAUUCUAUAUUUUAGUUUGAUCUACAGUGUUAAAACUUGCCUGGAUGAAAAUAAUUACUCUGUGUGAAUCUAGUUACCAUCAAAUUGCRUCAAGUAAGAUUUGAUCUUGUCUAGAGUAUUCCUGUGUUCUUGUUAAAGUUGGAGUGGAUCCAUUGUUUGGACAUAAUGUUUUCCCUUUACAGACGACGUGUCAUUUUCUUGAGAAUAAGGUUCUUUGUUUGAGGUGUAUCCAUAUUAUUGUGUCUUCGCCUAAAAAAUCGAAAAUUUUAUCAAUGCCCAGGCACGGCUAGCUCACAAAUCCAAUUAGAAUUUAGCCAAGUAGUUCUUUUUCUGGGAGUAAAACCACAGAAAAAUCCUCCAAUCACAGAAAAGACCCUACAAACUCGGCUCUUGUUUGAUGCUGAGUCAAGGAAUCGAACCUGAGACCCUAGAGGUGAGAGAGGAGUUUACUACUGCCUAUCUUGGUAUUGGUUCUGUCAAUCUUUUCACAUGCACGACCAUUAAACAAAGAAAUGGUACAAAACAGAAUAACACAUGGUCCUCCAACUUCUUAACAACCAAUCAACAGUACUCCUUAAAUAGCUUUAUUUAAAUAUCCAUAUGAAUGGGAACUUUAUAAAUCUAAACUUAUUCACACCUUUUAAAAGUUAACAAACCAUACAUGUAACAGACCAUUUGUAAAAUCUGAUAACUAAUAUAUAUUGCAAGUCUUACUUUUCUAUCUUUUCUACAAACUAAAUAUCGACUGUGUACAUUGGGUUUUGGGAUGCCUAUGUAUUAAUGUUAGAGUGUAAUUGAGUUUUGUCUGUUGCAUAAAGUGCUGCACAUAAAUUGUGUUUCGCAAGAUGCACAUCUGGAUCCAAUUGUACGAAGGGUGGAUUGUGCUAUCCCAUGGAUAAAUCUUAUCCAGUGGAUAAAUUUAUUGGAUAAUAGUAUCCCUUUAUCCACUGGAUAAGUAUUAUCCAGAUAGAGCUAUCCAUCCUUCGUACAACUGGGCCCUGUUGUAAAGUUUAUUUGGCAUUUAAAAUAAAUGGUUAUUCAAAUUCUUUUUCAGUAAA